UCGCCACCUUCGACUCAACGGUCUAAAGAAACACAACAUGCCUAACACUGUAACCGAGCUACAGAGUAACAUCGUAACGGUCCUCGGUGCGACCGCGCCAAACGCUCCCGCCAAUGGUUCUCAGCGUCCCAAAGGCAAACGACCUAGCCGCCGAAAGCCCAAGGCGAACAAGGGCGAGGAAAUGCCUGCUCAGGAUGCCCCCGCUAAAAAAGUCAAGAAGCUUCGAAAUAAGGCGGCGGAGAAAGAAGAUGCACCGCACGAUCCUGCUGUUCCCCGCGACUUUGGCAUCGUAGGACGCGCUGCGAAGGCAGCAGUGGCUGCUGUAGAGAAGAUCGGCUUUCCGGCUGCCGUCUUUGGUAGCAUGGCUUGUGGCCUAUACGGAAACAAGCGAAGACCGAAUGACGUUGACAUUCUCAUCUGCGUCCCGCCCGACUCAGGCUUGAUCGCUGAAGAUAUCAAACGGAAGAUCCUUGACGUCAAUCCGCGCAACUUCUUCCUCAAACUCCCUCGCGAUCCAGCAAACACCUACCGUAAACUCUACUACCGCGACGAAUACAUGGGACCGGAAUGCAAGGUCGACAUCCUCAUACCCGGAACGCUGAUGCUACCGUUGCUCGCCCCUUCGCAAAUCACACGUAUAGACGACAUACCUGUUGUCCCUUUCUCUGUGCUGUUGUUACAGAAGCUGCAGGGCUGGGACGACCACGGGCGCGAGGAGCAGGGCUUCAAGCGCACGAAGCAGCAAACGGAUGAGGGCGACCUCAGGCGCAUGAUGGGACUCGCGGCAGCUCGCGCUCUUGCGGCGGGAGUAUUACCCUGGGACGACAAGGCUCUCUUUCCCGCAGAGUUCAUGCAGCUAAGCCGCGAGCGCGUCAUCGCGUACAGCAAGAAGUUCCCGGAUCGUGCUGCAUGGUGGGAGAAGCUGGGCUUCGUCACGAAGGCGCCGGAGACGGGGCCAACGAAGGAAGAUGCCAGUGCUAACGGCAAGGCCACUACUGUAGAUGCUGUUAAUGAUGCAACCGAACCUACCCAGGCAUAAACUUGUCCUCUUAUCACAACUGCUGCCCGAGCGUUCCCUCACCUUGCCCAAAAUCGCUGAACGGGGGGC